CCCAACCAUGUUGCCAUACACCAACAGCUUGAGACUUGUGCGAGCGACGAUGCUCGACACAUUCCUCGUAGUACACGACAUAUAAUACGCAGGAAUUUGCCAGUUGGCGUUAGUUUUCAAAUCAACAGCACCAUGUUGGAGUUCCGGACACAGGGUUUCAACGGCUACAGCGUCAAGUACUCGCCAUUCUUCGAUUCGCGCAUAGCAGUCGCCAGCUCGUCGAACUUCGGGCUUGUGGGGAAUGGCAGGCUAUACAUCCUCGGCCUGACGCAAAACGGAAUCGUAGCAGAAAAGUGGUUCGACACACAAGACUCGCUCUUCGACUCGACCUGGUCCGAGGCGCAUGAAUCGCAGAUCCUUACCGCGGGCGGCGACGGCUCCGUGAAGCUCUUCGACAUUAACGUCGACCAGUUCCCGAUCCAGUCGUGGACCGAGCACGCGCGCGAAGUCUUCAGCGUGCACUGGAAUCUCGUGUCGAAGGAUACGUUCCUCUCCUCGUCGUGGGAUGGCACAAUCAAGAUCUGGAACCCCAAUCACAACGCCAGCAUCACCACGCUACCGACACACAGCUGCACGUACUCGGCGCAGUUCAGCCCGCAUGCGCCCAGCAUCGUGAGCAGUGUGAGCAGCGAUAGCCAUUUGCGCGUGUUCGACCUCAGGACCCCGGCCAGCGCGAGUAACCACCUUACGAUGAGCGUGCCGAUACACACGCCGCCGAAGCCACGGAUGGGUGCUGCAGCUUCAGUGGGCGUACCGCCGAGUGAAGCCUUGACGCACGACUGGAACAAGUACCGAGACAGUAUUGUAGCGACGGCGGGCGUGGACCGCCUGAUACGGACGUUUGACAUACGGAUGGCUGCUGCUGGGCCAAUUGCAGUGCUACCUGGACAUGAGUACGCUGUGCGGAGAUUGACGUGGAGCCCACACUUGUCAGAUAUAUUGCUCAGUGCAAGUUACGAUAUGACUUGUCGUGUAUGGACGGAUGGGAGCGCGAUGGGCGCAGGGACAAUGAAGCAGGAGAACAUGUUAGAAGACCCUAUGGUGUUUGGAGGCGGGAGAGAAAUGGGCAGGAUGGGGCGGCAUACAGAAUUCGUCACAGGUGUAGACUGGUGUCUGUUUGGAGCUGAGGGGUGGUGCGCCAGCACAGGGUGGGAUGAGAAAGUCAUGGUCUGGGACGCCAGGGCGAUCAUGCGGUAAUGAAAAUAUCGUGAGUGGACUUUGCAUGUACUUCUGCCGCUGGAAGGGAUAUCCGAACACCGGAAUUUCGCGCUCCUACAUUACCCGCUGCUUCUUAUAGUCGAAGUCGAACCCGUGCUUCCUGUGCACUGCUUUCACAAAGCCAAGUGCCUUCUCGAAAACCUCUAGCCUUUCCUUCUCCAUGAUCAACGAAGGCACUACACAGUCAGUAUAGUUUCAAAGUUCGGGGACUAGAUACUCACACUCAAUAAACCC